AUGGGUAUGAUUAGCACACCUACCAGACAGCCAUCGAAAACACUUCCAUUGGAUCAGCUGAGGUCUGGGGACCUCAGCAGGUGGAACCUCAACAGGCAUGAACGAGAGGAGACUAAUGGUUCCGUUUAUCAGCUCCUGGAUGGAUCAAGUGAUGCUCAAAGAGGAGUACUACAAGCUCUUGGGGCCGUCCAGAUCCUGACUGGAGUACUGAUUCUGGCUCUGGGUGUUUUCUUGGGCUCUUUACAAUAUUUGUCAUACCACUCCAGGCAUUUCUUCUUCUUCACCUUCUACUCAGGCUAUCCGCUCUGGGGUGCUGUGCUUUUUAUCAGCUCAGGAUCCUUGACUGUGGCAGCAGGGAGAAAACCCACAAGAAUGCUGAUGCAAAACAGUUUUGGGAUGAACUUUGCCAGCGCAAUGAUUGCAUUUGUUGGGACUGCUGUCCUCUCUGCACAUUUGGCACUCAAUACCCAGAAGUUCAAGAGUUGCCAGUCUUCACAGCCACAUGACUUAUGCGUUUACCUGGGUUCCUUAUCAAAUGGCCUGGUGUCUCUAAUGCUGAUCCUUACCCUGCUGGAACUGGCUGUGACCAUUUCAGUCUCUGUCAUGUGGUGUCUUGGAAAUUUUUGUGGUUCGAGAGAGGCAAUUUCUUUACCUCCUAAGUCUACAGAAUCAGGAAUAAUAACCCCUGGUGGAAGCGAUUCUGAGAACCCAGACAGCCAGCCUCAAGUCACCACAGAGUGAGAACUUCACUUGAGAACUCAGAAGAGCAUGAGGAGAUGAAAUGCAAUCCAUGAUAAAGCUGGGCACCUUCUCUAAUGCUUUCUCCCAUCCCCGUUUCCAUUCUAAAAUGUACAUUAAUUACAGUAAGUGCCUACAUCAAAAUUGAAUAAAUCUUGUACUAGUAACUUUGUGACACAACUGUAAAUCCACUAGUAUGUUCUAGAUCUGGAUGAAUAAAUAUAUUUCCUUAGACAUUUUUGGAUUGGCAACUUA